AUGCAUAAACACGUGUUCCUUCGUAUUGUUGAAGCUCUAGGUCAACAUGAUGAGUAUUUCCAAAUGAUGGUUGAUGUAAUAGGUAGGACAAGCUCACCAUUACAGAAAUGCAUUGUUGUUAUACGUAUGUUGGCAUAUAGAACAUUUGCUAACAGUGUGGAUGACUAUUUGAGAAUUGGUGAAACCACGACACUAAAAUGUGUUGAUAAGUUUACAAGAUGGGUGAUUAGUAUAUUUGGUGCACAACAUUUGCGAAGGCCAAACACCGAAGACAUUGAAUGCCUAAUGCAAAUAGGAGAGGCAUGGGGAUUUCCUGGUAUGUUAUGGAGCAUUGACUGCAUGCAUUGA